AUGUGGCUGCAGAACCUGCUUCUCCUGGGCACUGUGGUCUGUAGCAUCUCCGCACCUACCCGCCCACCCAGCCCUGUCACCAGGCCCUUUCAGCAUGUGGAUGCCAUUAAGGAGGCCCUGAGCCUUCUGAACCAGAUCAGUGAGCCGGCUGCUAUGACGCAUGAAGCAGAAGUCGUCUCUGAAAUGUUUAAUCCCGAGAAGCCGACAUGCCUGCAGCAGCGCCUGCAGCUGUACACGCAGGGCCUGCAGGGCAACCUCACCAGGCUCGAGCGCCCCUUGACCUUGAUAGCCAAUCACUACAAGCAGCACUGCUCCUCUCCCACGGAAACUCCCUGUAAAACCGACACUGUCACCAUCAAAAUGCUCAAAGAAAUGCUGCGUGAAUUUCUGCUGAUCAUCCCCCUUGACUGCUGGUAGCCAGUCCAGAAGUGAGGUGGCCAGGCCAGGAGCCAGUCUUG